AUGCGACCGGCCGCGGGGGUGAAACCGCCCGAUGCGAACACGCUGCGCGUGCUCAUCGCCACGGACACGCACCUGGGCGCGCACGAGCGCGAUCCGAUUCGAAAAGAUGACGCGUUUUUAGCGUUUGAAGAAAUCUUCGAUCACGCGAGAAAACAACUCUGUGAUUGCGUGUUUCUCGCGGGAGACGUGUUCGACGUGAAUAAACCGAGCCGAGAGACGCUGGUGCGGUGCAUGGACGCGCUGCGGGAGGCGACGCGAGGGAAUAAAGGGAUCGAGAUUGAAGUUUUGAGCGAUGGGAAGGAAAACUUUCCGAGUCGAGGCAUGGCGAAUUAUGAGGAUCCGAAUUGUAACGUGUCGUUGCCGGUGUUUAGCAUACACGGGAAUCACGACGAUCCCGCGGGGGAGGCGAAUUUGAGCGCGAUGGACGUGCUCGCGAGCGCGGGAUUGGUGAAUUAUUUCGGCAAGCACGCGCUCGGUGGGGGGGGAGCCGGUCGCGUGGACUUGAAGCCGGUAUUGUUACGUAAAGGACAGACUAAGGUGGCGCUGUACGGGUUGGGAUACAUUCGCGAUAAUCGUUUACAUCAAAUGUUUAGCGUCAAGGGAUGCGUGCGAUGGCAUCGACCGGCGGAGACGGAGGAUUGCUCGUCGAGUUCGUGGUUUAACGUGAUGUUGAUUCAUCAAAAUCGAGCCGCGCAUUCGAAGAAUGCGAUUUCCGAUCGUUACUUGCCGAGUUGGUUGGAUUACGUCGUUUGGGGGCACGAGCACGAGUGUUUAGUGGAGCCAACCGAGAGCGCGCAGGGAUUUCACGUGUCGCAACCGGGAUCGAGCGUGGUGACGUCUUUGAUUGAAGGCGAGGCGAAGGAGAAGAAGAUUUGCGUGCUCGAAGUGCGAAGUGAUCCGGAGAAUCCGAAUAGCGCGCCAUUCUGGCGCACGACGCCCAUCACCUUGCGAACGACGCGACCGUUCGAGUUUGAGCAAAUGACGUUGGCGAACACGCCCGAGCUCGAAGGCGCGGAUGCCCAAGGCGUGGCGACGUAUCUGGAGAACCGCGUGAACGCCAUGAUAGUCCGGGCGGGGCGCAAGCAUAGAGAACGACACGCGAAAAAUGGGAGAGACGAUGUCGACAUGCUCGACCGCUUGAAUUUGCCUUUGAUUCGUCUGCGCGUGGAUUACUCGGGCGGCUUUAGCACCAUCAAUCCGCAGCGCUUCGGUCAAAAGUUUGUCGGCAAGGUGGCGAAUCCGCACGAUGUUUUGCUCUUUCAUAAAUCUCAAAAGAAGCAACGUCGCGAUGGCGUGGACGUGGAUGAAGACAUGAUCGAUGAGGAGGCGGCGGCGUUGGAGGAGGAAGACGCCCUCGCCGAUGGCAUGCUCGAGAAUCAACGACGAAUCGAUCGACUCGUGCGCGAACACUUGUCGACGAGCGACGGUUUACAACUUCUCACACCUAACGAUCUCUCCGCCGCGCUCGACGAUUUCGUCAAUCGCGACGAAAAGGCGGCGAUUUCCAAGCUUUGUCAAACGCGCUUAAAGGCGGUGCAAACAUCGGUGAAUGCGGAUGAUCAAGAAAACACCGACGACGUCGAUCGAUUGACUUCGAAGAUUUACGAAGCCGUGAAGGUGCAGUUA